UCAGCACAUUCACUCAGCGAGUGAAACGUUGCUCGAGCAGGGGGUUGUGGACAUUUCGUGAGGGGGAAAAAGUCCAAAUAUACGAAAAGUGCAGCUCAAAAACGUCUAAUUUUAGUUUAAAUUCAACCCAGGUGCCUCUUAAGUUUAUGAAAAGUGACUUCGGCAGUGAUGGAGCGAGUCUGCUUCGGUUUAGUUUGUGAAAGAUCCGAGUGGAAUAAGCCGGUCUCCUGAGGCGGGACGCUCAACGUCUUCUUGGGAUAGGAAGCAGAAGCAGAGUCUGACCAAGCUGACCAAGGACAGGCUCAGUGGCCACUGUACAGGUCAAAAAAGGGACGUGGAGGUGGCCUGUGUGAGAAAUGGGUCCUGUCCCUCCGUCUCUCUCACUCUUCAUGCGGCUGCUCUGUCUGACCGCUCUGUGGUCCAGCCCACACGCUCAGGAGCUCAGGUCCACCAGGUGGCCGCUCUAUUCCCAGAAGCCUUUUCUGCUGGCCUGGAACGCUCCCACCGAAGAUUGCACCCCGCGGUAUGGCGUCCGCUUACAGCUGGACCAGUUCCAGAUCGUGGCGUCUCCGAACGAAGGCUUCGUCAGACAGAACCUGACCAUCUUCUACAAGGACCGCCUGGGUCUGUACCCGUAUUACAAACAGGACGGGACGCCUGUGAACGGCGGCCUGCCGCAGUUGGCCAGCCUCGCAGAGCACCUGGACAAAAUGCCAAAAGGCAUCGAGAAGUACAUCAGAGAGAGGAGUGCGAAGGGGCUGGCUGUCCUGGACUGGGAGGAGUGGAGACCCCUCUGGAUCCGGAACUGGGACGCCAAAAACAUCUACAGGAACAAAUCCCGACAGCUGACCUCAGAGAAAAACCCCAGCUGGACGCCAGAUCACGUGGCCAAAGUGGCGCAGCAGGAGUUCGAGCUGUCCGCCCGCAGGUUCAUGUCCGAGACGCUGCGUCAGGCGAAGAGUCUUCGUCCUCAGCAGCUCUGGGGUUUUUACCUGUUCCCCGACUGCUACAACCACAACUACCACAACAGCCAGGACAACUACACGGGCCGCUGCCCGGACGUGGAGGUGACCCGCAACGACCAGCUGAUGUGGCUGUGGACGGAGAGCACGGCUCUCUAUCCCUCCAUCUACAUGAGCCGGAUACUGAAGGACCAGACCAGCAGGAGGCAGUUCGUGAGGAACCGGGUCAGAGAGGGGAUGAGGCUGGCGUCUGUCGGGAACGGAACCGCUCGGCCCGUGUUCGUGUACACGCGGCCCACGUACUCUAACGAAGUCAUACCACUAACGGAGGUGGACCUGAUCUCCACUAUAGGUGAGAGUGUGUCUCUGGGGGCUGCUGGUGUGAUCUUCUGGGGCGACUCCAUCUACGCCAGCAGUAACGUCAUCUGUUCCAGUCUGAGUGAUUACCUGCGCGACUCGCUGGGCCGUUACCUGCUGAACGUGUCCUCGGCGGCGGAGCAGUGCAGCCGGUUCCUGUGCGAUUACCAUGGGCGCUGCCUGCGCAGACGGCCCGACACCGACACCUACCUGCACCUGAGUGCAGCCACUCACAAGCUGGAGCUGCAGGGUGGCCGGCUGGUGGUGCGCGGUCAGAUGGGGCCGGAGGAGCAGGCCAGGCUGCGGGAGGACUUCCAGUGCCAGUGCUACACCGGGUACAAGGGCCCAGGCUGCAGCCAGAAAGAGAGCCGAAACGGAGCUGAAUCUGCCCGGACCGCUCACUGUACCAGCCUGCAGGGGGCGCUGGUGCUCACGCUCAUGCUAGUGCUGGGAUUUCUGCAGUGAGGAGCGGAGAGACGGGGUGUUAGAGAAGCAGCACUGCGGAAACGAUAGAGAAUCCUUCACGCUGGAAUCCAGGUGGUUUGAUGGUGCCUUCACGUGUUCGUCGGAUAUUUCCCGCCUGCAAAGUCGUAAUUAUGAACUUGGAAAUGUAAAGGAUAUCAGGAAGCUGUUUGGGAAAACUUACUUUUGACGAAACUGGAUAAACUGGCCUUGAAUUCGUUUAUCAACAACAGUUGUGUGCAAAAGAUUGGUCAGAAACACGUUUUGUUAAUUUUCUACGUGAAAAUAAGUUAAAACAUCCUCUACAGCGAAAACAUUUUAAAGCGCAAUUACUGUUUAUUUGCUUAAACAUACUGGAAAAACAAAUAAAACAUGAAAUGUGGCCAGUGCAGAAGUUAGGGAACAUUUCUAUCAAUUAAAAAAAUGUAUUGAAAAUUUUAACCAAAAUUUUGCAGAAGAUGCUAGUUUUAAGUUUAUUUCCUGCAGAGGAAACAAAUAUUUACUGCGAAAAUCAACAAAACGUGUAAUUUUUUAUUUUUUGGGGGAUGUUCGAACUUUUGCAUACAACUGUAAAUACGGCUUCAGUUGGCUACAAACUACAACGUGAUAAUUUGAAUAAAAUGCAGUGCACAAAGAGUGGAACCUUAAAUUGCUAGCCGAGCCUAUUUGAUGAAUCCCCCGCUAACGUUAGCUCGUAGCUAGCCUGAUCUGUUUCGCUCUCUUUUUAGCGUUUUCCCUACAUACUAAAAAUGUGCACAGUGCAGCUAAUAAUUACAAAUGUAAGUAAAUGCCUGUUGCAUAAUUGGUGAUUAUAAAACGUAAAUUAAAUUUGGAAAAGUAAACAGUCGCCCUUCUUAUCGACCACUGAAAAUGGCCGUUACUUCGCUAAGACAACAGGGUACAGAUUGAAAACAACUUGAGUUUUAAAAUUAAAGUGUUUCCAAAGCUUCCGCUUGUAAUCACGACUUUAAAGGACGCUAAUGCUCAACUGUUCAGGUCAGGAAGUCGUGUUUACGGUAAUUCCGGUGACACGUGAAAGCAGCACGAGCCCUGGAUGUGAUGUAAAUAAACAUGGAGCGAAAGCGGAGAAGAAACAUGGAGACACGAUACCAACUUGUAGAGAGCAGAAUUCCCGCUCUGUAAUAAUGUUAAUAACUUUUGGGUUUCUCAAACACUAGAGGGCGCUCCCGAGCGAGUCCAGAAUGAAUGGGUUGAUA